AUGGCCCAGCGGGCGCCCAGGGAGCAGGGGCAGGACGAGGAGGAGGGAGCGGAGGAGGGGGAGGCGGCGAGGGGCAGCCAGGCGCGGGCCAGGAGCCAUGCGGAGCCCGCGGCCAGCGGCGGCAGGACUCAGGACCGGCAUGAGAGGAAGCGGAAGAGGCAGGAGGCGCAGCAGCUCCAGAAGAUCCAGCACCUGGAGUCUUUCUAUGAGAAACCUCCCCCUGGGCUAAUUAAGGAGAAUGAAACAAAACCAGAAGACUGCAUACCUGAUGUACCAGGCAAUGAAAGCGCACGAGAGUUCCUGGCACAUGCCCCAACAAAAGGGCUUUGGAUGCCUUUGGGAAAAGAAGUCAAAGUUAUGCAGUGUUGGAGAUGUAAACGUUAUGGACACAGAACAGGAGAUAAGGAAUGCCCAUUCUUUAUUAAAGGCAAUCAGAAAUUGGAACAAUUUAGAGUGGCACAUGAAGAUCCAAUGUAUGAUAUAAUAAGGGAAAAUAAGCGUCAUGAAAAAGAAAAGAGGAUACAGCAAUUGAAGCAGCUCCUGGAGGACUCUACCUCAGAAUCUGAUAGCAGUGAUGACAGUACUGUGGAUGAUGAAGAUGGCAGCAGCUCCACUUCCUCAGAAUAUAAACACAAGAAGAAAAAGAGAAAAAAGGAUAAGAAAAAGAAAGAAAAGAAGAAGAAGAAAAAGAGGAAGCAUAAAUCAUCCAAAUCUAAUGACAAGUCAGAAUCUGACUGACAGCAGACACCUGCGGCGUGCUCAUUGACCUCUCCACUUGUGAACUGCAAGGAAAGAUCCAAAGAAUGAUGAGGAAAACACCAGAAAGGGUUUUAUUAAACUUUGAACAUACAUGCGUAUGCAUACAGCAUCCUAUGCUGGCAUCCUCUUCUGCCCCUCUGCAGUCAGAAAAAAGAAAGCUGCAUUAAACCAUAUCUUUGUGCUGUAAAACCCAUGCUGAGAGUCAUCGAGCUUGGUCACAUGGGGCCUCUGCAUUGCUGCCCGUGACCAGCAGCAGAAAGCGGUGACCACCAAGAGAUCACUGACGAACCUGCAGCAUUAGCAGACUCUCUGUUGAAGUGUCUUUACUCCAUGAAGUUACUUUAUUAUAUACAAAGCCUCAUUAUAACAGGACUGCAGUUUGGACCAUGCAGAGCACUGAGAGUUCUUCUACAGUGCUUAUAAUGAGCAGGUGGUACUGUAUUUUCUCCUCUGCAUACGUGCUGAGGUUCUGUGUACUUAUCCUAAUAUUGGCAGCUAGGGAAAUAAAGAGUACUGCUGCAGGGGAAAAAUGGUAAUCAAGGGGAUUUACUUUACGACAAAAUCGCACCAUCAGCAAGACUUGAUUUUUUUUUUUUUGGUGUGUGUGUAACAAAAUCUUGAGACCACCAUUAAUACACAAUUCUGAAAUGUCUGAAGUGUAACAUCUACACUCUCUAAACCAUAGAAGUGGGAGCCAAGAGUAAUGAUGUUAGAUAUUCAGCUUAACUUGAAAGAGGGUUUAGUUAUUUAAAAAGGGGGGUUUCACAUAAGAAAUUAAAAAGAUUAAUUUCUGCAUAUUCUUCAGUAUCAGUUGUUUUGAUACAAGUUGAGGGAGGUUUCCUUUUUAAAAGGUUUGGGGGUAAUAAAUUCUCACUUUUUAUGUUUACUAGA